AUGACUUCCACGCCCAACCCACUGCCCUCGUGUUCAUCCUCCACGAUUCGCGACGAUCCAUCCGACGAUCCCGACAUCAAGCCCGAAAGCCAAAGUGACUAUGACCCCUACUUGAUCGACGACUUCGAACCCGGCGACCCCGCAAAUCCCAAGAAUUGGUCGAACGCAAAACGAUGGUAUUUGACAAUGCUCAGUGGGUUGCUCGUAUUAAACGCAACGUUUGCAAGUUCCUCGCCCUCGGGGAUUUUCACGAACUUGAGAAAUGAAUUCCAUAUGUCGGAAAAGAUGGGAAUUCUGACAUUAUCACUUUUCGUGUGCGGCUACUGCGUUGGCCCAAUACUAUGGGGUCCUCUGUCAGAACAAUAUGGUCGAAGACCUCUUUUCAUCUAUCCUUUCUUCGUCUAUGCGUGGUUCAUGGUCGGAGGAGCUCUAGCACAGAACACAGCGUCUGUUCUAAUAUUCCGGUUUCUUGGGGGAACCUUCGCUGCGGCUCCAUUAACGAAUUCUGGAGCUCUGAUAGCCGACAUAUGGGACGCGGGGAUGCGGGGAAAAGCUCUUGCUGUUUUCACAGUAGCUCCUUUCGCAGGACCGGCUCUCGGUCCCACGGCAGCCGGGUUUAUUGGUGAUCAUAUCUCUUGGAGAUGGCUAUUCUGGAUAUUGGCCGCUUUCGCUGCGGUUUGCGAGAUUUUGAUAAUAUUCACCAUCCCGGAAACCUAUAAGCCCGUCCUAUUAGCCAAGAAGGCGAAGGAAAGACGCCUCGAAACUCGAGACGACCGAUACUAUGCGCCAAUCGAGAGGGAGCAAACAAACCUCGUGGAAAGGCUUGAAUACGUCGUCAUAAGGCCAUUUGUGAUCCUCUUCCACGAGCCUAUGCUGAUUGCACUGACGCUGUACAUGAGUUUCGUCUAUGGAUGUCUCUACCUUCUCUUCACUGCGUAUCCCAUCGUCUUCACGCAAGCCCAUGGGUUUAAUGCUGGUAUCUCCGGCUUGAUGUUUCUUCCUAUCCCAAUUGGAGGUGCUAUCGCCGUGGUCCUAUACGUACUCUACUACAACCCAAAGUAUGAAGAGGAAGCAAGACGAUGCGAGCCUCGGCCUGUCCCACCAGAAUUCCGACUAGAGAUGGUCUUCAUUGCCGGUCCACUUUUUGCAACCUCGUUUUUCUGGUUUGCGUGGACCUCAUUCCCUCACCUUUCCUACUGGGGACCUCUACUGUCCGGUCUUCUGAUGGGUUUUUCUAUUCAAUUAAUUUUUUUGGGCCUCUUCAAUUACAUCGUCGAUGCCUACCUUGCAGUAGCAGCUUCGGCUCUCGCAUCAAGUACGGUAGUACGAAGCAUGUUUGGUGCUGCAUUCCCGCUUUUCGCCCCCGAUCUGUACAAAGCACUCGACACGAGAUGGGCAUCGUCUCUCCUCGGUUUUAUCGCCAUACUCAUGAUCCCAAUCCCUUUUGUUUUAAAUAAAUAUGGACGAUUUCUGAGGCGCAAAUCUCGAUUCUGCCCAUAUAACGAAGAGGACGAGGCUCCGAAAGAGAAGAAAAAGGAAAAAUUUCCCGCAUGA